CAAACUUUAUAGACUUAUAGUACUCCACAAAUUUUUAAAAUUGAAAAUUGUGAUAGAGAAAAGAGAGAAGAAAUGAGUACAAAAUGGUGCUCAGAGGUUUUUAAGUUGGUGGGGGCUGAAGAAGAGUAGUAACUUUGAGCCUUUUUGACCGUAUUGGUGUUGCGUCCAAAAACAAUUACUUACACAUAAUAAUAAUAAUAACAAAGAGCCAACAGAUCUUCGUCUGUUUCUAUUUAUUCCUUUUUCUUGUCUGAUUCGCAGAAAACUAAAGAGAGUUCUUUUUCAAGUAAAAUUCGAAGAGCAGUUCAACGAAUCCUUCUUCUCCUUGAGACAUUUUUACCCAAGUUGGUCUCUUUCUUCCUUCUUAAACAAUAGUAGAGUUAUUAUUGGUCUACGACUCUGUUGUAUAUGUGUAUGUAUCACCUUGCCUUUUCUCCAAAGCCCUAAUUGAUUUUUCUUUCUUCUUUUUUUGUGUAUGCUUUAAAGGUUUCAUUUUUAAAAUCUUCUUGGACUCCAUUUCUUUUCCUUUUCCUUUAUCUUUUUGCCUCUCUUUGUGGAGUUUUUGAAAUCAUCCCUCAUUUCAUUCCUAUUUUCGUUGUCUCUUUGAGUUUGAGUCAGCUUUGUGUUGUGUCUAAAUUCUAAACAAGUUUCAGAUCUUUACCUUCCUUUGACUUGUCUCCUGUCUUAAAACUAGGGUUUAAUUUUCUUUCUCUGUUCAAGUCUCAGAUUUGACCAGCUUGGUCCAGAAUUUCGCUUCUCCUCGAUCAUAAAUCAAAGUUGAUUCAAAGAGGUUUGAUUGAGUCAGAGAUCUCUCUUUUAGAAACAUGUUGAGCAAAUGAAGGUUUGUUUGAUGAGAUGGGUUGUGUAUUGGGUCGACCCGGAUCAUCAGGAUCAGUUUCUGGGUCUAGAGACGAAGUUAGUACUAGGAUUGAGUCUAAUCGACAUCAAGUUAACAAUGUGUCUGUGACCAAAACCGAAACAACAGAGAGCACUAGUGCUGUUGUUGUUGCUUCUGCUUCUAAUGGUGAGGAAGUUAGGAAUCAUGAAGAUGUUGUGGAUCAGAAGAAAGAGAAUGGCUUUGUUGUGACUGAGGCCAAGGAGAGGAAAUCGAAAGGCGAAAGAAAAAGGUCUAAGCCUCCUGACCCGAGACGGAGCAACCCGCCAAAGAAUUUGCUCGGUGAGCAAGUUGCUGCUGGAUGGCCCUCGUGGUUGUCUGAAGUUUGUGGGGAAGCGUUAAGCGGAUGGCUUCCAAGAAAAGCGGAUUCCUUUGAGAAGAUUGAUAAGAUUGGAUCAGGAACGUAUAGUAAUGUGUACAAGGCGAAAGAUUCGCUGACAGGAAACAUUGUGGCUUUAAAGAAAGUGCGGUGUGAUGUUAAUGAACGGGAGAGUUUAAAAUUUAUGGCUAGAGAGAUUCUGAUUUUGAGGAGAUUGGAUCAUCCUAAUGUCAUUAAAUUGGAAGGUUUGGUUACUUCGAGGAUGUCGAGUAGUUUAUACUUGGUUUUCCGUUAUAUGGAUCAUGAUUUAGCUGGUCUCGCCGCUAGCCCGGAGAUAAAAUUCACUGAGCAACAGGUUAAAUGCUAUAUGAAGCAACUACUUUCAGGGCUCGAGCAUUGCCAUAACCGAGGAGUUCUACACCGUGAUAUUAAAGGAUCAAACCUUCUUAUAGAUGACGGUGGAGUUCUUAGAAUAGGUGAUUUCGGGCUUGCAACGUUUUUUGAUGCGAGUAAGAGGCAAGAGAUGACGAAUCGGGUUGUUACUUUAUGGUACAGAUCACCAGAGCUUCUUCAUGGUGUUGUUGAGUACAGUGUCGGAGUUGAUUUGUGGAGUGCUGGUUGCAUUUUAGCUGAGUUAUUAGCUGGUAGAGCGAUAAUGCCAGGUCGUAACGAGGUCGAGCAGUUGCAUAGGAUAUAUAAGUUAUGUGGAUCGCCUUCAGAAGAAUAUUGGAAGAAGAUUAGACUUCCUUCUACUCAUAAGCAUGCUCAUCACAAGCCUUUACCACAGUAUAAGAGAAGAAUAAGAGAGGUUUACAAAGAUUUCUCUCCUGAGGCGCUUUCUCUACUCGAUACGCUUCUAGCGCUCGAUCCAGCUGAACGCCAGACAGCUACAGAUGUGUUGAUGAGUGAUUUCUUCACGACGGAGCCAUUGGCAUGUCAACCUUCUGAUCUCCCGAAAUAUCCUCCAAGUAAAGAGAUUGAUGCCAAGAGACGAGACGAAGAGUAUCGGAGACAAAGAGAAGCGCGCAAGGCCCAAGGAGAGAGCGGAAGAAGAAUGAGACCCCGAGAACGAGCCCCAAGAGCAAUGCCGGCUCCUGAAGCCAACGCCGAGAACCAGUCUAACAUUGAUAGGAUGCGUAUGAUCACACACGCGAAUGCAAAGAGCAAGAGCGAGAAGUUUCCUCCACCGCAUCAAGACGGGUCACUCGGUUUUCAGGUGGGAUCUUCAAGGCGACUGGAUCCAUCAGAGAUACCGUAUAGCACAAACUCAUUCACAUCAUCAUACUCCAAAGAGCCAUUUCAAACUUGGUCAGGCCCUUUGGCUCCCAUUGGAGCACCUGACUCAACCACAAGGAGAAGAAACGAUAUUAACAAAGAGAGAAGAAUGGCUUCUAAGGUCAAAGGCAAAAGAAUCGUUGUUUGAGAUAAUAAUUAUUAUUCAUCUCCAAAUUUCAAAAGUUUCCUUUUUGAUAGAUUGAGAAAAAAACAAAAUUCCAAAUUUUAUCUUUUUGGUGGGUUAUAUGUUCUUUAUUUGGUUGUUAUGUGUAUUGUACAAGAGAAUUGACAAAACACAGAAAUGAGAGGAAUUAAUUUACAUUCUAUGUAAAUUAUUUAUUUGAUCCUUAUAUUUAUUGUU